AUGGAAGGAGGUAUGGUGGACAACUCGGGCGAUGACAAUCUGGACCGAUCCGAGGACGAGGCGGCCCUCCAGGGAUGCUGCAGCCCGAAAAAGGCGCCCUACCGAUUUCUCGGCUUGGCGCUCAUGUGUCUGCUUGGAUUCGGUUCAUACUUUUGCUUCGAUAACCCUGGAGCACUGCAGGAUAAUUUUAAAUCAGACUUGCAAAUGUCGACUAGCACAUUUGUUUUGUUAUAUUCUAUUUAUUCUUGGCCAAAUGUCAUUCUGUGCUUUAUUGGUGGAUUCCUGUUGGAUAGCGUCUUUGGAAUUCGAUUAGGUACAGUAAUAUACAUGGGAUUGACAUUAAUCGGCCAGAUAAUUUUCGCGAGUGGCGCUAUGGUUGACGCUUUCUGGGUAAUGAUGCUUGGUCGAUUUGUCUUUGGAAUCGGGGCAGAGUCGUUGGCAGUCGCUCAAAAUAGUUACGCGGUCCUUUGGUUCAAAGGCAAAGAAUUAAAUAUGGUGUUCGGGCUGCAGUUGAGCUUCGCUCGAGUGGGAUCGACCGUGAACUUCUUAGUAAUGGAGCCAGUAUACAAUUACGUAUCGCAAUAUUACACCGGUCCACAAUGUAUCGGCGUAGUUCUCUUUCUUGCAUCCGUUACCUGUGUAAUGUCGAUGAUAUGCGCUUGUGUGUUGGGUUUCAUGGAUAAACGAGCAGAGCGAUUGCUCCGACGAGGAGAAGGACAGGAACCGCAGGUUGUUAGUCUAAAGGAUGUCAAAGAUUUCAAGCCAAUCUUUUGGUUGGUCGCGAUCAUCUGCAUUGCUUAUUACGUCGCGAUAUUUCCUUUUAUCGCUUUGGGAAAAGUAUUUUUCGAGCGAAAGUACGAAUAUGAGCCAUCCGCCGCAAAUACGGUGAAUUCUCUUGUUUAUUCAAUAUCGGCGAUAGCUUCGCCUCUCUUAGGUUAUUUAGUAGAUAGAACAGGGAAGAACGUAUCGUGGGUAUUUAUUAGUAUUUGUACGACUAUCAUUGCUCAUGGGUUGCUCGCUUUUACCUAUUUGAGCCCCUAUGUAUGUAUGAUUCUCAUGGGACUGGCCUAUUCUAUGCUCGCCAGUAGUUUAUGGCCUCUAAUUGCUCUUGUGACGCCAGAGCAUCAGCUUGGAACUGCUUAUGGAAUAGCACAAUCUGUACAAAACUUAGGCCUUGCUGUAGUCUCAAUUGUGGCUGGCAUUAUUGUUGAUAAAGGAGGAUAUUUAAUGCUCGAAAUGUUCUUCCUCGGUUGGCUCUGGAUUUCGUUGAUAACCGCCGGUGCGAUCUGGAUGUCGGACAUGGCAACAAGUGGUGGUUAUCUUAACAUGACACCGGGACAAAGGGAACGAUAUGAGACAGUUCAAUGCACUCCUGAGAGUUUGGAACGAGAAAAAUUGUUAUCUUCGGAAUGCACGUCGGAUUUCUCAGCUGAUAGUCUUAUGCAACCACAAUCUGAUAUCAGUAUACGAAAUCGUUAUUUGUCUCGUAUUGGUGCAAUGGUACCGCCACAUGCGAUUACACCAAUUCAUCGACCACUACGAUGAUAACUUAGUCGCGAAUUUAAGAUACAAAUAAGUAUGUAAAAAUACUUUUAAAUCUUUAAGAACAAAGUUAGCUCUUGUGUCUUCCUAUUGCACACAGCUUGAUCUGUGAUAAU